AAGUUUCAUGUCAGGACUUGCCUCUUACGCACGUGUCUGAGCAUACGUAUAGAAAACAAAGCCACUUCGGGAAAAUAGAAGACAGACCAGAAAAGAGAUGCAUGUUUGUUUACUUUGGUCAAGGCUCCAUCAUUUUUUUAGCAUGAUCAGCAAUCAAGGUCUCGUUUUUGGCACUUACCCAGCAGGGAACCAGAAAUUUGGCCAGUCUGAAGUACACCAUGCAUGCAUACACCUAUUUUAUUGUUUCGAGAAAUAAUUGAGAAGGGGAAAAACAAAGAUAAUUAUAUGUAUAGGAAAUAGGCCUUCACCUCAAGUUCUUUUUUCACUCUUUUAAGAGUAAAAAUUGAAAUUUCAUUAAGAAGACUCGAAUUUAGUGUAUGAUCAUAUGCUUAAGUGCUUAUGUUGUAUCAUUUUAAUGAUAUUCUACGUUGUUUCGCUGGUGUUGAUAUAAAAGGAACUUAAUGUCGAUGCCAGCAGUGAUGGAAUGACAUACGCUCGCUGUAAUAGCAAAACUGCCUAAAAGGUGGCAGCACAGGCCAGACACCUACAAGCGCGUCUUGGCUAUAUCACGUGACGUAAACUUCAGAACAAAACAAGUAGGAAGGUGGUAUGAAAGUUUCCCAUGAGGUAACUAGAACGCAAUGAAAUGUGACCUUCUUCAAGGUAAUUCCUCGUAUGAAUUCCAGAUUUUCCAAUAGCUGAGAAGAUAUACCAACUACUUGGCCAGCUACUUAGUAAAGUUAAAGGCGAACAAUGCCUAAUUUUUGCCAGUUGAAACCGUUUUUUACAAGCCUGGUAAAGGCACCGUCGGUAGGAGCGAGGUCAAUGUUAUGGUUUCAGAUUUUAUGCGUUCUAUGUGGUCACCAAGUAAUAACUGUGUUAUGUGCAAACGACGUAUCACCUAUGAGUGACAGCGGAAAGGUGGUAUGGGCCAUCAUAAACAUUACGUACAAAGACCCAGUUACGAAGGAAACCGUUUCUUACACCCAAGAGAUGGGAAAAUAUGGAAACAAAGGCAAGAUUGGCCCCGAACAUGGAAUAGUGGUUCAUGUAAGGACGGAGGACAACCAGACCCAUGGAUGCACUGCUCCAAAAAAUAAGGUACCACCGAACACUCGUUGGAUCGCCCUGAUAAAGCGUGGACACUGCAGAUUUCACGACAAAGUGUACAAUGCAGCCAAAGUACGCAAUGCAUCUGCAGUUAUCAUAUAUAAUGACAAAGAAGAAAACGACCUGAUAGUUAUCAGCCAUCAAGUGAAUGAUGUGGUUUCCAUCUUCAUCAAGAAAGAAGAUGGGGAAAAGUUGGCAGCACUUGUGGAUAACAACACCAGAGUCACAAUGAACAUUAGCGUAGGCACCAAGGAGGAUCAGUCACCUAACCAGGGCGUCAACAGAACCUCUGUGCUCUUUGUCUCUAUAUCCUUCAUUGUCCUGAUGAUCAUCUCCCUGGCUUGGCUCAUUUUCUACUACGUGCAACGGUUUAGGUAUGCACAUGCCAAGGAAAGGCUGACGCGGCGUUUGACAAAUGCUGCCAAGAAGGCUAUUCAGAAAAUCCCAGUGCGCACCCUAAAGUCUGGAGAUAAAGAAACGGAGACAGAGUACGAGCAAUGUGCAGUGUGCAUCGAGAACUACAGACCUCAUGAGGUGGUCAGGAUUCUUCCUUGCAGGCAUAUGUUCCACAAAUCCUGCGUUGAUCCAUGGCUACUGGAACAGCGGAGUUGUCCUAUCUGCAAGACGGAUAUACUCAAGGCUUAUGGUGUGCAGGUAAAAGGCCUCCCCCAGGACUCAUCAACAGAUGUCGAGGCCCCGGCCACCACAGCUGAAGCCUCCACAGGACUGUCUGGCGGGGGCCCGGGGUUGGUGGAAAGAACAGAGAGUGGGGUACAGAUAGUACGUAUACACCCACCCAUAGUUCAGCUCCACCAUCCUAGUCCAGGGCACCUGGCGGAAGACAUUGUGGUGAGUCACACAGGUGGGCCUGAGAGGGAGGAGGAGGAGGCUGAGGAUGAGGAGGAGGAGGAGGAGAGAGCGGCAACUAAAUUGCAGUCCACACCCAGCAUGGAGUGCUUACUUAAAAAUCAACUGGAUGAGGAGGAUGGAAGGAAGACAACGGAGGAAGAGGGCAAGGUGCAGGAUGAGGAAGAGGAGGAAGAAGGAGAGGAUUUUCCUGUGACAAAGAACUGAUUAUCGUUGGAGAAGUUAACUAACACGUAGGGUGGAGUAUUUGAACUCUUUGAAGUCUUUAAUAUUGAAUUUGUUGGAUGUCAGGAAGGAAUUCCAGACAGGAUGAAGGGAAAGAAAUUAAUGAAGAGAGGACGGGAUAAAGAUGUAACGGAUUUAAUGUGAUAAUUAAGUAUUGUGAGAGAAACUUCACAAAACAGGGCACUGUAGUUGUCUUUAAAGAGUUAAAUUUUCAAUAUUGAGCAUUUAUGUAGUGUUAAGUAUAGAUAUUUGACUUGGAAGUUUUUUAAUGACUGUAAACAGACUGAUGUGACUCUUUAGUCAAAUUACAGUGAUAUUCUGUAAUAGCCUUCGAGGAGACAAAAUAGCUUGUAAAACAGAAAUAUAGGUGGUAAAUAAAAUGCUAUUGUAUAAUUUUAUGAUGAAAUAUGAAAUGUAUAUGCCAUUUUGAAAACAAGGUGUAGUGAUACAUGCAGAGAAAUGUGCACUGCAUGUUGAUCAAUCAUGUUAAUGCCAUAUUGGAAAUGUAGUGCAGUGUUACAUGCAGAGAAAAAAAAGUGGAUACAUGUACUUCAGUUUGUUAAGUGAAUGCUGGUUGGAGACAGGGUAGUGUAGUUCAGCAAAAUGAACAAUAUGUGUUGUUUUUAUCACAAUAGCCAUGUUG